UGCAUCCAGACAGUCUGAAUUUGACAGGUGUUUGGCUCCUUGUAAAUACCUCAUUCAGUUAUCCAUCCCCGCUGGUUUAGAGGUGAGGGUAGUGAGGUCGUUCCCGUUGAAACUAUCAAUUUAACGGGGUUAAAGUACUAUGAGUGUAUUAACUGCUGAUUUAACUAAAAAGAAAGGAGUGAUGAGGACGGCCAAGUCAAGAAAGGAUGUACCCAACUACGACACACCGCUGAGUGAGGAGGAAGCUUUGAUGAAGAGUGUCAUCAGCCCUGAGGAUGUACUCAGACUUAACAAAAUCACAGAGAACUACCUGUGUUCGCCGGAAGCCAAUGUUUACGACAUAGACUUCACGAGGUUUAAAAUUCGCGACAUGGAUACGGGCACAGUAUUGUUUGAGAUCGCUAAACCUCCACCACAAGCAGAUCUGGAGGAGGAGGAACCUGACGUGGACCAGGAGGAGUCUGAUCCCAACGCAGGACGCUUCGUCAGGUACCAGUUCACACCGCAGUUCCUCAAACUUAAGACGGUGGGAGCGACGUAA